GGUUGCUGGGUGCCUGGGCUGCUCCCGGGCGGCGAGGGUUGCGAAAGGAGUUGUAGCAUGCACACCACAGAAUCAAAAAAUGAACAUGUGGAGAAUAAAAACUCCCAAACAUCUACAAUUCCUCAGAUCCUCACCACUCCUGAUAGAAGUGCACAGGAAGAAACUGCAGAAACCGUCCUGUCAGAAACAGAAGAAACAAAACCACAGAUGAAUAAGAGUAAACACAUUUCUUGGCCUCCACAAGGAAUAUUGAAUUUAAUUAUUACAAAUGGAGUUAUACUCUUUAUGAUAUGGUGUAUAAUGUGGUCAUUCUCAGGCUCUGAAGUUCUCCCUGGUGGAAAUUUAUUUGGAGUGUUAAUUAUUUUUUAUAGUGCUUUUAUUGGGGGGAAACUUUUGCAACUCAUUAGAAUACCUUCUGUGCCUCCGCUUCCACCUCUUCUUGGGAUGUUACUGGCUGGUUUUAUUAUUAGGAAUGUUCCAUUCAUCAGUGACCAUGUCCAAGUUCAUACCUCAUGGUCUUCAAUUUUAAGAAACACUGCCCUUACCAUUAUCCUAAUACGAGCUGGGCUUGGACUCGAUCCACAGGCUUUGAAGAAUUUGAAGAGAGUUUGUUUAAGAUUGUCUGUGGGUCCAUGCCUCAUGGAGGCAUGUGCAGGUGCUUUUUUUUCCCACUUCAUUAUGAAAUUUCCCUGGGAAUGGGGAUUUCUAUUAGGAUACCUCUAUUCCUUUUCUACUUACUCAAGAGGCAGGAAUUAUGUGGAAGGCAGUAUAAUUAGUAACCUUCUAUCCUCUGUACGGGACAUAUUUGUUGGUGUGUUGGCAGGAAUUAUUUUGGGAUUUUUUGUUCAAUAUUUCCCAAGUGGAGAUCAGGAAAAAAUAACUUUGAAGUAUUCAACAUGGAUUGGAGUCCAAAAAAUUAUUUCAAAAACAUGGAAUAUUUUUCAACCACUUCUUUUUGGUUUAGUUGGAUCAGAAGUAUCUGUUUCAUCUCUUGAAUCAAAUACUAUUGGCAUUUGUGUUGCUACAAUGAGUUUGGCAUUAUGUGUUCGAAUUUUAGCCACUUAUAUUUUGAUGUGUUUUGCUGGUUUUAGUUUUAAGGAGAAAAUAUUUAUUGCUUUAUCAUGGAUGCCCAAAGCUACAGUCCAGGCUGUGUUAGGUCCUCUGGCUCUAGAAACAGCAAGAGUCUCUGCGCCCCACUUGGAAUCGUAUUCAAGGAAUGUGAUGACAGUAGCAUUUUUAGCCAUCUUGAUCACAGCUCCAAAUGGGGCUCUAUUUAUUGGCCUACUGGGGCCCAAAAUACUUACACGUCAUUAUGAGCCAAGAAAAAUAAAACUGCAAAUGUCAGAACUCGAGCAUCAUUAA